AUCUGAUAGUGAUUUUACACCAAAUUAUUUGUCAGGUGUUUGUACAUUGUUCAUUGCAGACCCAGGACUGGAUCUUCUUUUGUGCUGCUUCUGACUGUCUGCGAUAGAAGUGUUUGUUCUACUUUUAUGGAACAUUUUCUUAUGCUGUAUUUGUUGACAAUGGGUUUAUACUGAGCUUUCCUUUAUAUAUUGCCUAAUCACAAUAAAAAAAAUUGAAACACUGACUUCUGAGAAUAUCAGACGGCAGAGAGGAAGAAGACGAAAUAAGCUUUACAUUCAGCAGCCCAGAAGACGUGUUAAACACUGACAAGAACAAGAUGUGCUCACCACAGCGCUUGUUUUAGAACUGCACAACGAUCUACUGUAACUACCUGACCGUUGCAUACCCUUCCCCUCGAACCUCUAAGUUUGUCAUUUAUGUUGUAAUCAUGGCUUAACCAGAACUUUCUUUAAGUGAGGAUAAGGUGCAACAGUUGCUUUGAAAAGAAAACUUGCUUCAGAAAUGGCAUAUAUUUGGCUGGUGAUCCUUCUAACAGUAACGGAAUCCUGGCAGGCUGCAAAUAUGCAGGCAACAGUAAUUGGUAGUCCUCAAGAAGAUAAAUAUUUUUACACUACUGACAACAACACACGAUGCAAGAAAUGCCCACCUGGAACACAUCUGGUAAAGCAAUGCACAAGCUUAAUACAUGAUACUAUAUGCGUCAGCUGUGAAGCAGACAAAUACACGGAAAUGUGGCACAGUUCCAAGACAUGUCGGCCUUGUACUACAAAAUGCAGUAGAGAGCACAAUUUGGUGGAGGUCCAGAAAUGCACCAAUCGGACAGCACGUAUCUGUGAUUGCCAGGCAGGAUAUUUCUGCACUGUUAAAGCAACCAACACUUGUGAUAUAUGCAAGAAAAAUUCAACACAGCAAUAUCCGUCCAAUGUACCAAAAGAAAUAACCGAAAAUAAAAUGCCAGUGGCAUCAACAUCACCUGUAGAGUCAACAGCUGAAAUAAGCGCCAUUCCCAAAGAGCACAACACUGUUCCAACUGAGCAAUUUUCAGGCCAGCUGGGUGUGACGACUAUCUACAUGGUCAUUAUACCAGUCUUGGCAGUAUUCAUUAUUUGUGUUCUCGUGUACAGCUGCAAGAAAGAACAAUCUUACCUGAAGAAAGUUUUUUGGGCCACAUUUCACUGCUGGGAGGACAUCCAAAAGCCGAAUGAAGAUAUGCACAUGGUGACUGUUGAAGAGCUGGGAAUGCCACUCUGCUCUGAGGUUCCAGGACCACUGGUCAGUUCUGGGGAGAAAUAUGAUGAACGUCCCGCUGUGCACCUCCAGCACAGCAGACCUGAAAAUCAAGACAAGGGGAUGCAUUCUGUGGAACCAGCCAAUCAGAAUCAACAGUAUCAACAGCAAGCAUCCAAUCACGAGGACAGACCAAUAAUAGGCCCACUGCAUAUUUACAGCCCAUCGACUGUUUAUGUGGGAUACAUCAAUAAUAUCCAAGGCAACUCCGAAAAUCAGAGCAUCUCUGCAGACCCCAGCCACACUGAAGAAUUCCUCCAGUACCCUCAGCAAGAGCAAAGUUUUUCCACUCACCAGACAUCCCCUGUCAUCCCACUACAAGAAUGUGGAAAAGAAUGUCACCUUUCAAAUGAAGUGGCCAAAGUGGAAAAGUGAAGCUGCAUUUAGUAGUUUACCUAUAAAACACCUGGUCAAAUCCACUAAUUGUAUAUAUGUAAGAACUUACAAGGAAACGAACAGUACUAAUGUUAUUUUGUGGUGCACAACUUGUGAUAAUGUGUGUCCAUUUGAUCAGUGAGGAACAAGACAUUCAUUGAUAGCUCUGUAGGAUGUAUCCAUGUUAAGUUUUAAGUCUGUGAACUUGUCUCCUGGAGAAAAAAGGAAAUAAUUUCAUAUUCACGAUUAAACUUAUUCCAGCAGAUAUAAUGAUCCCCUAAAAGCUGUCUUCUACUGAGGUACUUCAUGAAAUUAGGAGGUACUGGGAGAGGACAUAGCACACAGUUUAGGUGUGUCUACUUCAGUCUCAAAACAAGUGUACAUUUGUAGCAUGCACUGCAGAAGUGCAAUGCUGUUUAGUUAUGCACCAUCAACCUUUCCAGAGAUAUAGCACAUUGCCGUUUAUUUUUUUUUGGGGGGGGGGAUAAACACCCUCAGAAAGCCUCCAGGAGAAGCCAGACUGUCAUGACACAGGAGGGCAGGCACAGGGAAUGAAAGGAAGAGAUCUCUGAAAAAUCAGGGUUCAUCAGAGAAGAAACAGAAAAGGAGAGCUAUGGGGGGUAAAUGUUCAGAUAUAAAAUGAGUACAGUAUGGAAGCUCUCUCAUUUCCCAGAAUGCAACACUUUCUAUGCCCUAAUGUGGUCCAUAUCCACAGCCCUAACUCCACUGAUUCUGAAGUGCCCUUUAUCAUGUUCCUUUUUCCGUCUAGUGUUGCACAUCUUUCUGCAUACAGCAUGCACUAGCUCAUACCUGUAGUGACAACCAGAACAACACACUAGCAGUUUAUUUUGGAAGCCACUAUUUUCAUCAUCAUUUUGAGAGGAAGAGGGUCUCCUCCCAGACCCCCCCCCCCCGUAAAUGUUAGUGUGCACCAUUUGAUGUAGGAACCCUUGAUCUUCCUCUAUUAGUACGGCACUGCAUAAAAUUCAAACUUAAUAAUGUUCCACAGAAAUAUUUUUCUGGGCCAGACAAAAUUGCUUCUUUGUUGUAAUCCCUCAGCAUAACCUCGCUUACCAAAAGACAAAAUGAUAAAUGUUAUA